AGCGAACGUACGAUGCACGAGGUACUGCCAGUUCCUACCUAUUAUUUCUUGAACAGGUUGUUUCGCGCGGGCGAAUUUUUUUUUUCAAAUUUUCUACUUAAAAAUGUGUGUGCUAAGAUGAAAAUGAUUUUUUAAAAUGUGUGUGUCAAAAUGAAAAUGAUUUUAUAUUAUUAUGUUAAUCAUUAAGUUAUUCGUUUCGUGUAUUGUGUUUGUCGUUAUUGGGCAUCAAAUUCAAUGUGUACAGCUUCUCGAUGAUAAACCAACCAGAUCAAUUUGUCAAUACAAUGAGGAUUGUCCUCCUAAUGAAUUAUGCGACAGAUUAAACCGAAUUUGUAUCAACCCCUGCUUCGAAGACUCUUGCGGCGAGAAUGCCGAAUGCGUGCCAGAAAAUUACAAAGCAAUUUGUCGAUGCCCCCAAGGCACCAAAGGCAAUCCGCACAUUCUUUGCACUGCUGAAGUAGGAAAAACACUUUGCUCGCCAGGACCUUGUGGACCAAACUCCAAUUGCGCCAUUACUGGAAAUACUGAAAAAUGUCUUUGCAAACGUGGUUUUCAAGGCGAUCCCUACGCUACCUGCCACCCAAUGCGUUAUGAUCCAUGCAAUCCGAAUCCAUGUGGACCAUAUACGACUUGCACCGUCUCCCAGCAAGGUCAACCUCUUUGUAACUGCGCCCCGGGAACACAACUCGACUCUAACGGCCGUUGCGCAAGAUCCACGUGUACUAUAGACGAUGACUGCCCUAAUCACAAGGCUUGUGUGUCAUAUAAAUGCAUAGAUCCGUGCUUAGGAUCUUGCGGUAUAGGAGCAUCAUGUCACGUUGAGAGGCAUCAUCCAGUUUGUACUUGUAAACAAAGUCUUGCAGGAAACCCAUUAACCAGAUGUUACCGUUUUGAAAUCACAGUGGAACCAAAUCCUUGCCAGCCUUACCCAUGCGGACCAAAUACCUACUGUGAAGUAUUUGAUAAUCGACCUGUGUGCUCCUGUAUACAAGGCCUCAUAGGAGACCCAAGACUAGGAUGUAAACCUGAGUGUGUGUUGAACACUGACUGUGGUUCAGAUAGAGUUUGCGCUAAUUACCAAUGUAAGGAUCCCUGCAGCAUCAAAAACGUUUGUGGUCUAGAUGCAGAAUGUCUUUGUCGCAAUCAUACGCCUACUUGCAUUUGUUCCAAAGGAUUUACAGGAAAUCCAUUCAUCCAAUGCUUGCCAGAAUCAAUUUAUCCUUCAUAUCAAAACAGAACAUCACCAUGUGCUUCAUCACCUUGCGGCACAACCAACUCCUGUCACGUUCAAGGUAAUGGAGUAGCCAUCUGCAAUCCAUGUGCUGGUCCUAAUGGCUACAAUAAUCCGGCAUGCCGUCCGGAAUGUUUGUGUAAUGCUGACUGUGCAUUCCAUUUGGCCUGUUUGGGACAAAAAUGUUUAGAUCCUUGUGUAGGAGCUUGUGGUAUAAAUGCUCAGUGCACCGUUGUAAACCAUUCGCCGAUUUGCUCAUGCCCAGAAACACUUACUGGAAAUCCCUAUGAACUUUGUUCUCCAAUCAGAACUCCUCCAGCACCAACUCAUCAUUAUUGCAACAGAGGCUGCUGUGGUGCAAACGCCAUAUGUAAAUAUAACUAUGGUCGCAUAACGUGUGAAUGUAUGCACGGGUACUUUGGCAAUCCAUACUUGGCCUGCAGACCAGAAUGCGUGAUAAAUACACAUUGUCCUCAAACAAAAGCUUGUCUCAACAAUAAAUGUAUGAAUCCAUGUUCAGGAGUAUGUGGAAAAAACUCAGAAUGUCGUGUCAUCAAUCAUCAACCGAUGUGUUACUGUCCCCAGGGCUUCACAGGGAAUCCAUUCCGCAAUUGUUACCCACACUAUUUACCAUUACCACCUGUAAGCCCAUGUGAUCCCUCCCCUUGUGGAGCUAACAGCAGAUGUCUCGUGUCUCCUCAGGGUUAUGCUGUUUGCUCUUGCCUACCAGGAUAUCUUGGAUUACCACCAUAUUGCAAACCAGAAUGUGUCGUUAGCACUGAAUGCCCUUCAACUCAAUGCUGUAUCAAUCAGACAUGCUCAGAUCCUUGUAUUACCACUUGUGGUGUGGGUGCGCAAUGUUUUGUCAUCAACCACAGCCCCAUCUGCAGUUGCCCGCCAGGAUAUACUGGAAACCCAUUCAGUAGAUGUAUUUUACCUCCUGUAAUCCCAACUGAAAAGCCUGAUCUCUGUAACCCAUCACCUUGUGGCAGCAAUGCAGUAUGCAAAGAACGCAAUGGAGCUGGAUCGUGCCAAUGCCUGCCUGGAUAUUCAGGAGAUCCUCACAUCUGCUGCAAACCUGAAUGUGUUCUGAAUAGUGAAUGCCCUGAUGAUAAAACUUGUGUAGAUAACAAAUGUAUAAAUCCUUGUCCUGGAGUAUGUGGUACAAAUGCCAAAUGUUGGGUGAUCAACCACACUCCUUCGUGCAGCUGUACCACUGGAUACACAGGAAACCCACUAGUAGCCUGCCAUCCUACACCAACACCAACACCAUAUCAACCAACAGAUCCCUGCAUUCCUACACCAUGUGGACCAUACAGUGUAUGCCGCCAAAUUGACAGUCAUGCUGCAUGCGCUUGUCAGAAGAACUAUAUUGGUUCACCCCCAAACUGCAGACUAGAAUGUACAGUUAACUCAGAAUGUUUGCAAAACAAAGCCUGCAUUGAGCAAAAAUGCACAGAUCCUUGUCCUGGCCAUUGCGGACAGAAUGCUAGAUGUCAAGUUGUCAACCACAGUCCAAUUUGCAGUUGUCCCUCUGGUUACACUGGUGAUCCAUUUGUGAGAUGCAUUGUUGAACAAUAUACCACAACUGAGAAGCUUCCUGAAAACCCUUGUGUUCCUUCACCAUGUGGACCUCAUUCAGAAUGCCGUGUAAUAAAUUAUGGGCCUGCAUGUUCCUGCCUGAGCAAUUACACUGGAAAACCACCCAAUUGCAGACCAGAAUGUGUUACUAAUGCAGACUGCCAGAGUCAUUUAACUUGUAAAAAUGCAAAGUGUACAGAUCCUUGUCCCGGAUCAUGCAGUCAAUUCGCCCAAUGCCAAGCGACAAAUCAUACUGCAAUUUGUAUAUGUCCUCCAGGAUACAUGGGAGAUGCAGCAGUUGAAUGUUACCCAGAACCUACAACUACAACUAAACCUAUCAAUCCAUGCUACCCAAAUCCCUGUGGGUUAAAUGCUGAAUGUAUAAGUAAAAAAGAAGUUGCUGCUUGCCGAUGUUACACUGGAUAUUUUGGUGACCCAUACAUUGGUUGUAAACGAGAAUGUGAAACUAAUACAGACUGCCACCCAACAUCAGCUUGCAUAGGAUAUAAAUGUAUUGAUCCAUGCCCAGGCAAGUGUGGUUCUGAUGCUGUUUGUGCUGUUGUUAACCACCUUCCAACUUGUUCAUGCCCACCUGAAUACACUGGCAACCCAUUCUCCCAAUGCAGACCAAUCCCCUCAACAGAGAAACCACCAACCAAAGAUCCUUGCAAUCCAUCACCAUGUGGACCAAACAGCCAAUGUCAAGCAAUCAGUCAACAAGCAAAUUGUGCAUGUUUACCCACCUAUGUUGGAAGUCCGCCAAAUUGCAGACCAGAGUGUGUCAAUAACUCUGAAUGUGAAUUAAAUAAAGCCUGCAAAAUGCAGAAAUGCGUUGAUCCUUGCCCCAGCAUUUGUGGAUUAUCCUCAUUAUGCGAUGUUAGAAAUCAUAUUCCAUAUUGUAGUUGCCCUCCUCAAUAUACUGGAAAUCCAUUCAUACAGUGUUCACCCAUACCACCAGACACCACAGUUCCGCCAACAACUCCCCGACCUUCCUGCGAACCAUCUCCUUGUGGCCCUCAUUCCCAAUGUGUAGUUGUCAAUGACAGUCCUGUUUGUUCCUGUUUACCAGAGUUUGUAGGAUCUCCACCAUACUGCCAUAUAGAAUGUGUCACAAAUUCCGAAUGUGGAAGUCAAUUGACUUGCAUUAACCAACAUUGUAAAGAUCCUUGUCCAGGAUCUUGUGGUUUCAAUGCUAAUUGUAGCGUUAUAAAUCAUGUCCCAGUAUGCAAAUGCCCGCCAAAUUAUCGUGGAAAUCCUGAAGUUGAAUGUGAACCAGCUUUAGGUUGUGAUCGCGCUGAUGACUGUCCUGAUCACUUAUACUGCAUCAAUCAUACUUGUGAAAAUCCUUGUGAGGGUAAAAUCUGCGGUGUCAAUGCUUAUUGUGAUGCUGUAAACCAUCAAUCAGAGUGCAAAUGCCCACCAAAUCAUCAGGGGAACCCUGAAGUUGAAUGUGAGCCACCUAUACGCUGUGAUAACAAUGAUAACUGUCCAGACCACUUACACUGCAUCAAUCAAAUUUGUGAGAACCCUUGCGCAGGGCAAAUCUGUGGUGUCAAUGCUUACUGCAAUGCUACAAACCAUCAACCUGUUUGUAAAUGCCCACCAAAUUAUCAAGGAAAUCCUGAAAUUGAAUGUGAUUUGCCUAAACCAAAGAUUACUCCAAAAUGCUUAUCUGAUGGUAUCCAAAUUGAAAUGGAAGUGACUGAGCCCUACUUCAAUGGCAUAAUGUAUGUCAAAGGACACAGCAAUGAAGAAGAAUGCAGCAGACUAAUAUCAGUUCAUCAAAAUGCUUCUUCACACACAGAAGUGUUCAAAGUUCCAUUUGGAUCUUGUGGGUUAAUUCAUACCAAUAACCAAGCCAAUUUCAUACUAGUCCUACAAAAUCAUCCAAAAUUGGCUACUUUCAAGACUCAAGCAUACCACAUUAAAUGUGCUUAUGGUGCCAGUGAAAAAAACUUUUCAGUAGGUUACCAUGUAUCAGUAACUUCAACAGCAGGAACAAUAGCUAAUCAAGGUCCAGCACCGAUCUGUGUAAUGAAAGUAGUGACAUCAACUGGCCAAGAGACUCAGUCUGCAGAGAUAGGAGAAGAUCUCAUAUUACAAGUUGACGUGCAACCAUCCAAUGUUUAUGGAGGAUUUGCUAGAAGUUGUAAAGCAAAGUCACCAAAUCAAGAAGAUUACAAUGUUACUGAUGAAUAUGGUUGCGCUACAGAUCCAAGUAUUUUUAGCGAAUGGGAGUACAACAAAGAUACACAUUUGUUGACUGCCAAAUUCAGUGCUUUCAAAUUCCCUAAUUCUGAUGAUCUAACUUUCCAGUGUAAGAUUAGAGUAUGUUUAGGACAAUGCCAACCAGUAAACUGUGGAGGUUACAAUGCUUUUGGAAGACGUAGAAAAAGACAAAUAUCAGAUGGAAUUGAUAUUGAUAUCUUACACAAAGGCCAAAUACAAGAAGAAAAAAUAAUUGAAUCAAACGCUAUAGUUGCAGUUGAAAAACUCAAUAUUCCCAUCAAAGCGGAACGACAAACUGCCCCAUCAAACGAUGUAUGCAUUUCAAUGAUCGGGUUAAUAAUAUCGAUAAUAAUAACGGGUGUAUUGGCUCUGACAGCAGUUGCAGUAAUGGUUUCUUGGUGGUUAAUGGCGAACAGCAGAACACCACCAAGACGAGGUCCAAUGGCACAUCCGGCAGAGAUUCCUAACCCAAUGUAUACAAGUUCUCCACUGUAAGCGAUAUCGAAUCGUAUGGAGAAAAUUUGGCCCUAAAAAGUCUUUGUGUGCCUACUCUCUAAAUUUAAAGCAGUCAAAUUUCACUGCUUAGCAGUCACGACAUUUUGCCUUUUUAAAGCAGUAGUUUUUUUUUACUGCAAAACAGUGAAAAAUUACUGAAUUGGUCAGUCAAAAUGAUUUUUUACUGACCAAUUCAGUAAUUUUUCACUGUUUUGCAGUAAAAAAAACUACUGCUUUAAAAAGGCAAAAUGUCGUGACUGCUAAGCAGUGAAAUUGACUGUUUCAAAUUUAGAGAGUAAUUUUUUAGAAUUUAAUCCUCAUGUGUACUUCCUACAUAUGAAAUUUGUGUUUGUUCAAUUCUCAAUGGGUAUUGCCAUUCGUAACUUGUGUUCAAUUUUUUUAAAUUUUAAUUUCAACUCGAAUCAACGUCAAAAAAAUUAGUGUUUCUGCCAUAAAAGUUCUACCAAAAAUGAAAAAAAAAAACAUGCAAACAUGCGAGUUCUUUUCCCCUUGAAAAAUACUCAAUUGCAACAAAGUGAACAUGUUGAUCAAGGAUGCCAAAGAUUUUCCAAAUAGUCCAUGAAUGUAACCAUUCAAAAGUUGCAAAAACCAUUAUCAUUGAAGUUACCCCUAAUAAUUAACGAUUGACAUAUUUUAUUGCUUUGUAUUACUAAGAUAAGAUCUCACAUUACAGCCAUGAAAGCCCCCAGUGGACGGGCGUGAGUCAUUUUUAUAUGUACAUAAAUUAAGUAUUAUUUGAAAACAUUAGCAUCCGAAGUUCAUAUUUGCAGGUAAAUAAACAAUAACAUGUCUUAACUUAUCAAGGAAAUGAUCUUGUAUUUUGUAAGCAUUUAAUGGAAAAUACAAUCUGUGAUAUAGCGUU